CGGGGGGGGGGACAUUUUCUGUGCACCUUUCUAUUGCUUUUAGACGGCACACGGCUCAUAAUAUUGGCCAAUCUCUAUUUUUGAAGCACGUAUUAUAUUGACACUUAUUACAUGUAAAGUUAAAAUUAAAGUAUUGGACACUAAAUUGUUUAUGAUUUCGGACAACCCUCCCUAAUUUUGCGUUUGGUAUGAACCAGCUGAGCACCUACAAUUGAAGGCCAGUGGAUGGAGAGAAAAGCGGUGUUGUUUUUAAUCGCUUGGUUGAUAACGCGAAGGGACAAGGAGUCAUAUGAGAUCAAAACCAACCAACAGGCAAUCUCUUUGUCAUCAAAGUGUUCAAUGCCUAACGCUGCAGAAAGUGAAGGCGGUAACAUAUCUGGUGCCAAAGAUCCGGCACCCCCAACGCGGUUGCCAAGCCAAGACAAUGAGCGUGGCCUCCUGAACACAUUUAGCUGUGAUACGCAGCGCACCAGACGGGCCUCCAGCGCAGAGCUGCAGCUCCCAUGGACGUGCCCAGUUACACAUUCCCAGGAGAAAUUCUACACAGUGUGCUCUGAUUAUGCACUGCUCAACCAAGCCCAUCCAAUCCUCACUCCCAGAGAUGUUCCCCAGUCCAGCCACGAUGGCAGCACACCACUGAAUCAAACCAAUACCAUCACUAUCUCCCAGGGCCAGGCUGGAGGAAUCCAUACACUUUCAGGUGAUGCCUGUGAUAUAGAAGAGACAUUUUCCAGCAACUCCAAGCCCAUUUUAGCCUGGGAGAUUGACACCACUGACUUUGAUGCUGUUUUAACUCGAAAGACCAGGACAGGUAAUAUAAAGAAAUUUUGUUUAAAGAAAAUGAAGUCGUCUGACCGAUCAAGCAGAAAUGUGCUGGACUUUUCACCACAAGCGACUAUGGAAGAGAUCAAGCAGAGGAAAGUCCUGGAUUUGCGUAGAUGGUACUGCAUCAGUCGGCCCCAAUAUAAAACAUCAUGUGGAAUUUCCUCACUCAUUUCUUGCUGGAACUUUCUGUACAGUACCCUCGGAGCUGGAAGCCUUCCACCUAUUUCCCAGGAGGAGGCCUUACAUGUUCUUGGUUUCCAGCCUCCAUUUGAAGAUAUCAAGUUUGGACCUUUUACAGGGAAUGCCACUUUAAUGAGAUGGUUCAGACAGAUCAAUGACCAUUUCCACGUUCGAGGAUGCUCUUACAUUUUAUAUAAACCUCAUGGGAAGCACAAGACGGCAGGAGAGACGGCUGAAGGAGCUUUGCUUAAGCUGACCCAAGGUUUGAGAGAUGAAACUAUGGCCUAUAUUUACCACUGUCAGAACCACUACUUCUGCCCUGUGGGCUUUGAAGCAACGCCAUUAAAAGCAGCCAAAGCUUACAGGGGACCACUUACUCUAAAUGAAAUGGAGCAUUGGAUUCUUAUUGGGGAACCAAGCAGGAAACAUCCUGCUAUUCACUGUAAAAAGUGGGCAGAUAUUGUGACUGACUUAAACACACAGAACCCAGAAUACUUGGACAUCCGCCAUACAGAAAGAGGCAUUCAGUUUCGGAAAACUAAAAAGGUGGGCGGCAACCUACACUGUCUCAUGGCCUUCCAAAGGGUGAACUGGCAGAAAAUUGGACCUUGGGCUCUAAACCUGGAGAACUUUAGGCACGAUAACCAACAACAGGGAGCGGAUCAGAGGAGCCAUACUUCAGCCAGGGAGGCUGUCAACGACGGCGAGACCAAACACAGGCACCUGGGGCGUUCUCACAGCACAGGAAAUCAGAAAUCCGAGCAAAUGUGGAAACGGAAUCCCAAUACUGCAGAGUACAGCCACAGGGGCUGCCGUGAUACUGACCUGGAUGAGGACAUCACUGACUGAAAAUGGUUACAUCUCCAUUAGGAAUUCUAUACACUUGUUCAAGCCAGUAAAUAUUUGAGGUAGAUUAGAACUGAGGGGGAAAUAAGGUUGGGAAUUAUUUCUUCCUUCUGAUUGAUGCAUAGACUUCUCUAGAAAUCAGAUUGGCAAAAACGGGCGAGUAUUUUGCGUGUGACGCAUUCCAUUAGUGUGAAUCCAGUCUUGUGCUUCUAAAGAGGACCUUUUCAUAAACACCCAAAGCACAGAAUGGGCUAAUUUAGUAAGUAAAUUACACUACACAUAUGUUAUGAUUAACGUAUAAAGUGCUUUAACAUCAGUAGAUGCCAUGAGAAAAUAUAAGGACAAAAACAGGAGAGCCGUUUGAACAGGACGGCGAGCUCUCUCCUUGUUUAAGGUGGUGUGAUCACAUGAGCGAUAACUGUGAAAUGAAACAUCAGUGACACUUCUAAUAUCGUGUAUGGUGUCUAAAUAUCAGGUCUUUGUUAAAAGCUGUAGGAGAGCAUGGUGGCUUGCAAGUUCUGUAAACCGUCGUGUCUGUUGUUAUUUUUGCCUCAGCAGCAUCACGUAUGUACUAUGACAAGUGUGUACAUUUACCUAAAGUCCCACGUGCGUUUCAAAACAAUGUGAACUGGAACUAGGUGGUUGCUUUUAUUGAUUAAAUAAAUAUUUAUACAA